AUGCCUGAAUUUUUGUAUUACAUUAUUUAUAUGAGAGGAAAAAGGAAGGAAGGGCUGUUUGUUCAUGACAGGGGCCCAGUGAGCUCGCCAAAUGGCAUGAAGUGUCAGAAAAAGUCAUCGUGGUCAGGAGAGACGUCAAGAGGGGAAUCAAAAUUAAUUGCUAGACAAUAUGCCUACCUUUUGUGGGCGAAACGAGAAUGGAAUUUAGGCAAAAUUGUCAGGUUCAUGACCAUUAUUCGUUUUAAGCCCGAGGAUUUUGGAAACAAUCUUGGAUUUCCUUACAAAGCUUUCACGAUAAAACUCCCAUUGAAUACUGUUGUCAACAAUGAAUACAAAGAGCUACUAAGAAAUAAGAUCAUUAUCACUUUAAAUGAUCUUCAUAAUAUCAUAUCCAGGGCAAUGAUGUUCAUAAACAGCUACUGCUUGGUAUCUUCUCGUGAUUCAAUACCUAGCUACAUUUACAAUCAGACAUUUUGGUACUCGGUUUGCCAACUUGUCAAUGGCAGAAAAAUCCGCGAUUACAUAUACCGUAUACAAUCAAAGCCUACAAAGCGGAGCCAGCCAAUGUCUGUCCGAAGCUUGCACUGA